CAGACAGAAGAGUUGCGUGUGCUAAAUUUUUUGAACUUCUGAUGGCAGGACGAUGUUGUCAACACAUUUUCAGCUGAAUCUUCAUGGUGGGUUCUUUGUCUUGAACUAUCUGCCUGAUGUAACUCUCAGCUGGAUUAUUAGUGAUUCCUUCGAUAACAUAGCUAGCAUCUUUUAGCUCGACUUGCAGCUUAUGUGGUGGGCCGUGUUCCGCGGGGAAAAUAGGUCUAGUUUUCCGGCCGGGUAGCAAAGUGAUCCGGUAAAGCCCCGCAUUCUGGCCAUCGUCACAAAACCUUUUCAGCUUCAUACUCAUAGUUUUCCCUGUCAGCAGAGAGCAAGCACGUUUUGUGACUGGUGAUAAGCCGCCUGCAGUUGCUGUUGUGCCACGGGAACGACACUCUAUUUCCUAGCCAAUCGGGGCUGCUAGGGUUGCUGAGGAAGGCCACUCGACUAGAAAAUUUGUCCAUCGCACAAAUAUUAAAUUUGUAAAUCAGCGAUUUGUAGACUCGGGGACUCGCGGUGAAUGCGGAGGCAAGCGAUGGGUGACACUGGCAGCAGACAAGUAAAUAGCCCGACUCUCCCGGCAGCAGUGAACAUAAGUUGGCGAGGAUUUGUUGGACGGUCUGCAGUUGCUUGCUUGCUGGCGUUAGUACUCGUGAUGGCGAACUGCUCAGUUUGUGCGGACGCGCAUACAGGCGUUGGUGGCCUCCACGCACCGUCGUUUCCGCAGGAGGUGCAGGACAUGGAGUCCGUACCGCUGUCGACGUGGUGCCUGGCGCUGUGCGGUGCGCUGAUCGUGGGCUCCACUGGCGUGCUGCCGCUGCUCUUCAUCCCCAGCAACUCUGCGUUCAAGAACGGCCUGGCACCGCGCAAGCUCAACGUGCUGCUCAGCCUGGCAGUCGGUGGACUGCUGGGCGACGUCUUCCUUCACCUGCUACCAGAGACUCGCGCACAAAUGCACGCGCUGAGUGCGUCAGGGGGAGCACACGACCACACCGUUGACACCAAGAUCGGGUUGUUGGUGAUUGCCGGAAUGGUGGUGUUCCUGGUCGCUGAGAAAAUCAUGGUGGUGUACUCUGAGCAGGAGGACGACGGCGAGGAUGCAAAUCCGGACGGCAGCGAAGCACAAUCACAGAGACCUGCUCAUGUAGGUCUUGAGCCUGCGAACGGCACCAGCGAUGCAGUUGCAUUGCCGAGCGGCAGCGGUUCGCCAAGCUCGUUACAUCGCCGUCCCGUUCACGGUAUGACAAACGGCUCGACGGCGCCGGUGAUGCGGCCUGCGGUCGAGGCAGCAACAAGGGUGAUCCAGCCGGUGCCUGGCGAGCGCGAGCCAGAGAGCAAGAUAACGCCAGCCGGAUAUCUGAAUCUGUUUGCGAAUAUCGUCGACAACUUCACGCACGGCCUGGCAGUGUCGGCUAGCUUCCUGGCUGGGCACAAGGUUGGUAUGCUGACGACGUUCGCCAUCAUCAUCCACGAGGUGCCACACGAGGUGGGUGACUUUGCCAUCCUGCUCAACUCCGGGUUUAGCCGCUGGUCGGCCGCCAAGGCUCAGGUGAGCACGGCCUCGGGUGCGCUAGUGGGCGCCACGUUCGGCCUGCUGCUUCGCAACGCCGGCGAAUCAGUGCUCUGGGUGCUGCCUUUCACUGCCGGCGGCUUUCUGUACAUUGCGUUGGUGUCGGUGAUGCCGACGUUGCUCGCGGAGAGGAACGCCAAGCAGAGCGUGCUGCAGGUGCUGGCAAUGGCUGCCGGCAUACUGGCCAUGCAGGUGAUGGACCUCGGCGCUGCCCAUUCAUAGUUUAGGCUGAAGCAUGGAGGUGCACGUGUGUGUGUGUGUGUGUGCGUGUGUGUGCGUGUGCGUGCGUGUGUGUGUGUGUGCGUGCGAGCACGUGCACACCUACGUGCUCCUGUUCUGUGUUUGUGAACGCGUGCUGUUCGAUCCAUCAGCCGUGUUUCCGUCUGGGAAGCGUUUGUAUGGCGUCGGAUGUCAGCACCACCUGUGGCCGAAUACAAAAUUUGAUAAAUACUUGGUCCUGACGUGGACUUACCUGAGCCUGUUGUUGUUCUAGGCCGCUCCUGUAGUGCGUAGCAUGCUGGCAGUUCAUCUGAGUUGCAAAGCUAUCAUUGGCUAUCUUCCUGCGUUAUGCCAAAUUCCUCCUCCGUAGUAAGUAGUAGUAGUAGUAGUGGUAGUAGUGUGUUGACCCGUCUUACCAGCCUUGUAAUGUCCGUAUUUCUCUAUACCAAACCGCUGCCAGAUAUUAUAUCAUUAUAGAAUUAUAAUCAGUUCCGACGCCCAGAGUUAGUGCAUGCUCUGUAAUUUUUACCCGAUCGAUUCGAAUCUCCUGGCGGGACACUAGACAUGUAUAAUUAUAAUUAUGUAUAUUUUUAUUUGGAUUUCUCUACAGGCUGCGUGCAAGGGCCGUAUUACCUCCAUGUUGCCGGUGCAUGUAUUCUGAGAUUGAACAGAACAAUUUUUAAAAUGAUGAUCCGCGUCCGCGCAUUUUCUUCAUGUGCCAUUUUUCAACAGGCUCUUAUAUCACUCGGAUGGUGAGUUAAUCGUAACUCGUACCUUUUUUCUCUUCUCUUAUAUUUAAAUUUACUAAAUAGUUUUCUUUCGCUGGUCAUCUCCCCACUGGCCACAUUCGCUGUGUUUGCUGCACUUGGAACCUGCGUUCUUCUCACUCUUUCCCUGGCACUAGUACAGGAAAGAGUUGGGCCUUCAGCCUUGCAAAUACUGCCUGGACCUGAGUCACAAUGUUCCGCUUCAGCCUUCCCAGUGCCUGGACGUAAUCCGCUAUCUUACACUGCACUUGCUCGACUUGUACCCUAUUUUUUAAUUCCUAUAUCGCCUCUAACCCUAGAUUUGUUGAUAACAUCUGUUAUCCUUUAACCUUUAGACAUGGCUUUUCUACGUGAUCCUCGUACGCCAUUUCAAAGCUGACUGCUCAGGUCCUGAGAAAAAUAAAUUUCCUGUGCUCUCGAUUCUCUAUUUAUUUUAAUGCGGAGGGCAUUCGCUGUCUGCUGCCGAACCUCUCUUUCUCGUUUGAUGUGAUAUCAUGUUUGCCUGGAUGAUGAGUUUGAGACGUGA